AUGACUGCCCUUUCUGAACGCUCGAAGCCGUCAAGAAAAUGGAAUACAGACCGGCUAGGCGCUCGGCUAGGCGUGGAUGUUGUCAGUGCUGCUACGGCCGGGUUACUGACAUGCCCGGUUAUCACUGUAAUUGAUCGAGCAAUCAUUGAAAAAGCCGCCAAAGGCCUCCCAAUCCGAAAUACCAUCACCUCAUGCUUCAAAUCGAUGGCGCGCCAUCCAGCCGGGUUCUUUCUCAGCACACCUUUCUUCCUCAUAUACACCCUCUACACGGGAACAUAUCUGACAGCGAACACAAUUGACACGAUAACAUCCACAUUGCGCGAUAAACCCUUUGCCACUGUUUUCCCGGGAACAGCCAAGUUCUUGGCCACCACGAGCGUGAACAUGGGGAUAUGCGUGUACAAGGAUGCGGUGUUUGCGAAGUUAUUUGGCGCUUCCCCUUCUCCCUCUUCGUCUUCAUCAUCCUCGACCACGUCUACAUCGACAGCAAAAGAAUCCUUCUUCUCCCAAUCCCCCUCUACCUGCCACCCCCACAGCCAAACCAAAACCGUCCCCAAAAUCUCCUACUCUCUCUUCUGCCUCCGCGACAGCAUCACAAUCUUCGCCUCUUUCAACAUCCCCUCCCUCGUCGCUCCAUACAUCCCCGACACCCUGGCCACAUCUCCAUCCACAAAAACUGCUCUCGCGCAAUUCUCAUGUCCCGCAUUGAUGCAGUUCGUGAGUACGCCUAUGCAUCUUCUGGGACUGGAUCUAUACAAUCGGCAGCCAGCUGGAGGGUUGAGUUUUUGGGGUGAUCGGUGGCCGCGGAUCAGGAGGGAUUAUAUCAGUAGUUCGUUUGCGAGGAUGGGGAAGAUUGUGCCUGCUUAUGGAGUUGGGGGUGUUGUUAAUGUUAGGAUGAGGGAGGGGUUGAUGGGGUUGUUGGGUGGGUAG